AUGGGCACCGAGCGGUGGCUCGCGCCCCUGCGGGUCCGGCACGACCCCCCCGACGGCGCCCCCCCCCGCGCGGCGCCGUACCGCGAGCCCGUCGAGCUCGCGUGCUUCUCGAAAUCGCGCGAGCGCGGCGACGUCUACGACGCGUCGAAUCUCAAGGCGUACGCGCGACCGGACGUCCCGUUCGACCUCUCGCGCGGGCACGACGCGUUCCGCGACCGCGACCGCGGCGAGCGCCGCCCCGCGGACGUGACGCCGAUAUUCGAGUCGCUGCGGCGCGCGGGCGUGGACGAGCGCGAGCUCGCGGCGGCGGACGUGCUCACGUGGCGCGGCAACUUUAGCAAAAUUCUCGCGACGCCGUGGAACGCACGAGACGCGUGGCACCUCGAGUGCGAGCUCGUGGACGGCGUCUGCGUCCUCAACGUCCUCGAGCCGGAGGAGUGCGUGCGAAGGGAGGCGAACAGGGAGGGCACGCGACAGGGUUUGAUGGCGUACUGGGGGUACUCGUUCGAGGAGGCGUGCACGGGCGGCGACUACUCGUCCCCCGUGGAUUGCCUCGACGCGUACUGCGUCGUGGUGCGAACCGGCGUGGGGAGGCAUCGGCUGAUCAUGGGCGGCGAGGUGGACUGCUGGGACGGCGAGAAGAGCGGGUUGGGUGGGUACAUCGAGCUUAAGACGACGCGGGUGAUGGACACCGCGUCGCAAGUCGCGCGGUUCGAGCGAGAUAAGCUGCUCAAGUGGUGGGCGCAAUCGUUUUCCAUCGGGUGCCGACGCAUCCUCGUCGGCUUCCGCGACGACGACGGGUUCGUGCGGAAGCUGCAGACGUUGGAGACGCUCAAGUUGCCCGGGUACGCCGCGCGGCACCCUGGGGCGUGGGACCCGAAGACCGCGCUGCAGUUCGCGGAUCGACUUCUCGCGUGGCUCAGAACGCACCUCGAAAACGUUCCUCCCGGGUCGAGGCUCAGGGUGGAGUACGAGCCGCGAAAGCACCGCGGCGAAGUGCGAUGCGUCCUCGACUCGGACGUCCCGGACUUUUUACCCGCCGCGGCCCGAGACGCGCUUGGACGCGCGGCGGCGUUCAGGGAGGCGGCGCGCGAGCGCAGCGGCGGCGGCGGGUCGAGAAGCACGGGCAGCGCGGGGGGCAGCGUCGGCACGGCGGCGAAGGCAAUCGCCGCCGCCGCCGCGGGCGCGGGGUACGGCAGGAAGCGGAAGAUUCACGGCGCUUCGCCGGCGACGUCGAAGGACACCGCGGCGACGCCGGGGUCGGGCGGCUCGGACAAGGGCGGUUCGGACGACGUGGACAAACCCGGGACGCCGAGAGUCGUGCACUGGGACGCGGACAGGGAGCACUCGUCCCCGCACGGGCAUCGACGACGACGGCGGCACGAGCGGUCGCAGACGCCGGUUCCCGGCGCGGGCGGCGGCGGCGCGGGGACCGGGUCGGGGUCAGGGUCAGGGUCUGGCGGCGGCGGCGGCGGCGGCGGCGACAGGGACGUGAGAACGACCGUCGGCGGCGGCGGCGGCGGCGGAGGCGGCGGAGGCGGCGGCGGUAGGGAGCCCGCCGCGCACGUCGCGCCGCGGCCGCAGUACCACCCGAUCGUCGCCGGUCCGGGCUUUGGCGACCCGCUGAAGAUGGCCGCGGACAAGGCGGCGUACGCGCGCUCGCUCGGCCCCGCGGCGAUGUCCUACCUCAUGGGGUACUCCCCCGGGGACGCGCAGUUUCGCGGCGACGAGCCAAAGCCGAAGCCCGCGACGCCGCCGUCGCGCGGCGGCGCCGUGGCCGGGAAGACGGAACGUCAACCGUCGCACCACCCAGACAGCGACGGUGAGAAGAAAGGCGACGCCGCGGGCGAGGAGCACGACGUCGACGAGACCGCGCUCGCGGCGGCGAAGGACGUCGGCCUCGACCCGGCGAAGUUUGCGUUCGACCCUCUGAAUCCCGCGGCGACGCCGAAGGCGACCGACCUCACGGCGUUGGGCGUCUCCAACGCCGCGGAAGCGAGCGGGGACGGGCAGCAGAGCUCGUACGUCGCGGCGGCGGAAGCGAGCGACGCGGGGGAGGGAGGGCGGGCGAGCUGGGGGGCGACCGCGACGAGCGAGGGCGCGGAGGGAGCUCGAGCGCGCGGAAGUUUGACGAGAGAAGCGUGA